CCGCUGGACUGGGCAGCAGGACGGGCAGUGAGCGCCGUGGAGGGACAAGGGCCGGGAGGGGAUAGCUCGGAGCGUCGGCUGCCAGCGCUUCGAAGUUACUUUCCCCUCCUCCCUGGGCCAUCGCCACCACCACCACCGUCGCCGCGAUGAGUAACUCGGAGAACCAGACGGACGAUAACGAGAUGAAGAAGCAAGGAGGCAGCGUGCUCAAUAGGAUAAAGAGCAGGAAGAACCCGGAGCCCGACGGCGUGAUGACUCCGGUCACCGAAGCCGAGUUGUUGCAGAAGGACUGCAUCAGCCCGAUCAACGUACUGUGCCUACAGAAUGCCACCGAGUCCUACUUGUGCAAGCCCGAAGACAACAUUUAUGGUAUUGACUUCACACGGUUUAAGAUUCGAGAUAUGGAAACUGGGACCGUUUUGUUUGAAAUUGCCAAGCCACCAUCCUCUGAGCUGGAAGAUGAGGACGAUGAAAAUGGCGGAACGGAUUCUAGUUCUGGACGGUUUGUUCGUUACCAGUUCACUCCUGCCUUCUUGAGACUGAGAACAGUUGGUGCAACGGUAGAAUUUACUGUUGGGGAUAAGGCUGUGAAUAGCUUCAGAAUGAUUGAAAGACAUUACUUCAGGGAGAAGCUGUUGAAGAGUUUCGAUUUUGACUUUGGAUUCUGUAUUCCUAACAGCAGAAACACAUGCGAACACAUAUAUGAAUUCCCUCAACUUUCUGAAGAAAUCAUUCAAGAGAUGGUGGACAAUCCUUAUGAGUCACGAUCCGACAGUUUUUACUUUGUUGAUGGCAAGUUGAUCAUGCACAACAAGGCUGAUUAUGCAUAUAAUGGAGGACAGUAGUGAAUCUGCAAAAUGUAUAUUUCAGCAGCGACACCUCCCAUUCAGUUUGUUUGCACUGAUAAUGAAGAGGUUGGCUUUUUGGCUGUGUGAAUCAAUUAUCUUUUAUCAUUUCUAUGCAUUCUGCACCAGAGGGAAUUAAUUCAGUUAAGUUUACUAAGAUGAUUCAGAUUUUGAUAUGGGAAUUCCAUCCAUUGGUGUAUAUGUAAUGUUUCCCAUAUCUAAAAUGAAUGCCUAGUUGUGAUGAAAGACUCCACAUCCGAGAAGUACCUAUAUUUUUCUGUAUUUAUCGUAAAAGAUUCACGCCACUGAGUUUGAACAUGGCCUUGCAUUAUGUUCAAGAAUGGGUGGAAAACUCUAGACGUAGUUUGAUUAGAGGUCCAAAUAAAUUUCCAUUUAAACAAAAAAUGGUUACAGGCUGCUUAGCCACCUUCUUUCUGUUACAGUGCACAUUUUUCUAACAAGAAUCCAUUUAUUUUGUGACCACACUGCAGUACUUCAAAUCUUCCAUGGAGCAGUAUCGAGGACUGAACUUGAAUAUUUACAUUGAAUGUUACAUAUUUAUCACCAGGUGGAGUUUAAGUCUUCUCAAAGAAUUAGAUGCAAAGACGUUUGCAAAAUUGUUUAUUUUUACAUAGAAAAACAUUCUUCACAAAACCUGCUUGUCCUGAUUUCCAAAUCAGACAUUGUAUAUCAUUUUCCUUUAAGGAUCUAAUCCUUUAUGUCCAUGUAUGGUUUUUCAUAUUAAUUGUUAAAUGUGAGUAACAAAGUGAGCACUAUUAGAAACUAUUUAGAGCAUUACUGAGCAAUAUAGUUUUGUGAUAGUCCAAACUAUUGUGGGCCACCAAAGGUUUGUGGAUUUAUUUAAUUUUCUUACUUGCCACAUCAGUUAUCAAUCCUCAACCAGCGAGAAAAUGAUUUUCGUGCAUGUGCUAUAUGAAAGUCAAUAUCUCAAUCCAAGAUUAACCUUUGAAGUUUCAAAACAGAAAUAUAAUAAUAUUUAUUAGCUUCAUUAAUUUCCUUUAUCACUUGCAAAUCUCUCUUCUAAUUCCAUGAGGUUCUGUACCGUAGUUCACAACUCAGAAAAGUUGGUUAUAAGGGAUACAAGAAAAUGGUCAAAAUGUGCUAAGAUGUACUUAUUUUAGCCUAUGACUGAUUUCCAUACAAUUCCAUUGACAUGACUUGAAUGUAUUUACCAAUGUUGUAAGUGAUUUAUAUUAAAGGCACAAUUUAGAUAAAACUUAAAUAAUUUCAUAUUUCUUAGUGUCUGUCUGCUUUAAAUUAAAAGAACUGUUAAAGCUAUCUUUGGCACACAGCAUAGUUUUUAUAUUUUUAACAUAUCUGCCUGAAACUUGAGGCCCAUUUGUUAAUUUUAGUUUGCAUCUUAUAACAAUACAACCUGAUUAAAGCUAAAUAUGUCAUGCUUUAGCUUGCAGUGAGAAGCAACUGAGAGUUCUAAACCUAUGGGUUAUUAGAACUAAUUGCAGAAAUUUAAGGUAUUCCACUCUGAUUUAAAUUUCAGACUGCAAGUGCCAGAAAGGUCUAGUAUAAGUAUCUAUGCACUGAUAUCAUUCUGAAUGGAGCAGAAUUUUAUAUUUCUCCAAUUUACAGUAAUAGAAGAAAGAGGCUGUUUGGGGCUACUUUGAAUGCCAGUUCAGUCCGAGUGAUGCUCAUCUUAGUUCACAUGUAGAGUUGCUUGCAUUUGUUCUGUGAACAAUUUAAAAUAAAGUUUAGAUAAUCCCUAGUCAUUGUGGGCUUUGUUAAAUAUAGUGGGAUGGUUGUUUCACACUUGGUUAAACUUAAAAUGUGAAUCUCUGAACAUGUUAGUGCGAUAUUCCUGUCAGUAUUUCGACCCGAAACGUCGCCAAUUCCUUCUCUCCAUAGAUGCUGCCUCACCCGGUGAGUUUGUCCAGCAUUUUGUGUCUACCCAGUAUUUUCACCAGUCAGAUUUCAUUUGCAUUUUAAAUAGGCAAUUUUACCAUCAGGUCAUUGAAUAGUCAAGGUACAGAUGGGGUGGAGCAAUGUUAAUCAUUUCUAGGUAAUUAAAACAAUAUUUCAAUUUCAAAAAUGAAAGCUGAUAUUAUUGGAGAUGUUGACAUUAAGAACUUUCUCUGUGUGAUUUAAUGCUAUCAAUGGUUUUAUGUUAUCAUUUUACACCAUUGCAUUUUGCUAAUUUUCCUGAGACUUCCUGAUACUUGGAAGCCAGAAGUGCAUUGAUAUUGUUGGUACUUGCUUUUUUUGUAAGCACAGCAGGAAUCACAAUGGUUGAUGUCCCUUGAAGAUAAAUACAAGUUCAAUUAGAUAUUUUAGUAGUUUGGGACCACUGAUCUUGGCAAAUAAGUUACAACAUUUAAAUUUAUAACCAUUAAAACAUUUUUUUCCCCAAUCAGCCACAUAUUUCCAUCUUUCUGUUGCUGACUUUUCUACAUACUAUUCAACAAAAGAAAAUCCCAAGAGAUUUACCCAACACCACUAAAAAAACCAUAAGACCUUGAAUGUGGAUAAUUUAAACUUCCGCUGAACCAAGGGUUUGGGGGAAUUGCUGAUCUGCAUGAAAUAUUGAAGUUGGCUGGUUGCUGCUUUUUUGAAAUUGAUGACGAGCUGAAGGAAAUAAGUUUAUUUUAAAAGACUGGAAAAUUUAAAUUCUCCAUUCAAUUUGUUCAAUAGCUUCUCUAAUCUAGGACGGGUUUGAAUGUCAUGGCUCCUUGUACCGAUCUACUUGAGCACCAAAUAAUAAUUCCCAUGUGAAACAAAUUUUGUGCAGAAGCUUGCAGUUUAUUUUGGUUUGAUCACACAUUUUGUUUAGACAGGUAAGGAAACUUAGAAAAUCUUUUCCAUAGUUUAUCAAGAACAUUAUUAUUGUGUCAGCUGGUGCACUGUGGUAGUUUUGCACCUUUUUAUAUUUUUUACUGUAUACUUCUGAUUUCUCAUCUACCUCUGGCAAGAAACUUUGUGGAUAUUGCUAGUAUUUCUGUGCUGUAUCUGGCAUUGCCAGAAAUCAGCAGGAAAUGCAUUAGGGGCUUUAUUCUUUUUACUUUUGUUUUUUUUUUGUAUAAUAAAAUUCAAUGUGUGUGA